UCCAAUGGUUUCCCCUCUUGCAUUAUUGUGCAUCUCCUUCCUCUUCAUUUUUCCUUUAUCCUGCUCUUCAUCCAUACCCAUUCGGUCAGAGUAUGAAGUUAGUUUGCUCUUUGAGGGUUGGCUAGUUAAACUUAACAAGUCUUACAAGGACUCAUCAGAGAAGGAGAAGAGGUAUGAGAUCUUCAAAGAUAACCUUCGGUACAUUGAUGAGCAUAAUACCAGGAAUCACACCUUUACUCUCGGUCUUAAUGUAUUUGCCGACAUCACCGUGGAAGAGUAUAGGGCCACUUAUUUGGGCACUAUGCCACCAUCCCAUAGUUUAUAUAUGACAACUGAUGAAAAUAUUGAGAAAGACGAGAGUGAUGAUCGCUACUUCAAUAUGACAAACACUCCAAGUUCCAUUGAUUGGAGGGAUUUGGGAGCUGUUACUCCUGUCAAAAAUCAAGGCGGUUGUUUUAGUUGUUGGGCUUUUGCGGUGCUUGCAACAGUGGAAGCGAUAAAUCAAAUCAAAACAGGAAAUUUAAUUUCUUUGUCAGAACAACAAUUAGUGGACUGCCAUAAGAAAACUUGUCAAGGACAUCAACUCCAUAAAACAUAUGAGUACAUUGUAAGCAAUGGUGGGGUUGACACAGAUAAGGACUAUCCUUAUAAGGCUAAUGUUACCAAGUGUGACACGGCAAAGGAAAAUAAAAAAGUUGUGUCAAUCGAUGACUAUAAAAUGGUCACUCAACAAAAUGAAUUCGCAUUGAUGGAAGCCGCUGCUAACCAGCCUGUUGCUGUUAUUGUUGAAGCAUAUGAGCGGAAUUUCCAGCUAUAUAAAAAGGGGAUUUUCACUACAUACUGUGGGACGAAAGUAGAUCAUGCAGUUACUAUAGUAGGCUAUGACAGUACUGGUGGUGUAGACUAUUGGAUCAUUAAAAAUUCAUGGGGAGACUUUUGGGGGGAGGCUGGUUAUUUAAGAUUGCAACGAAAUAUUCAAGAUAGAGCUGGCAAAUGCGGUGUUGCAGAGUGGCCAUAUUACCCUAUAAAAAACUAAAUAUGUGGUUAACCCAGUUCAAGUACUGUAGGCACCAUGCAGGAGUGCACGUUCACAUAUGGUGAUGAGGAGGUUAGCUAAAGAAAGACAUGCUAAUGAAAUAUAUAAACAACUUAGUGUUGCAUUUUAUUACUAUUUAUAUAA